GGCUCCCCAGAGCAGAGAGCGGAGCAGCAAGCGGCGGCUCGCCGGCUCAGUGGCUGCGGCGGUGCACAGGGGCUGGAAAAACGAGCCCCAGCAGGAAUGAGGGGAGAAUCGUAUUUCCUUGGAAUGCGAGGCCCUGGUCACUAUGGCUGUAUUCUGGAGGAUGGGGGACUUUUCCUACUCUACUCUAUAGACCGAGACAAGGAUAUAAAGAGAUGUUUUGCAGAGGAAGAUUUUCAUGAAAUAACUGAUUUCAAUGAUCUCCCAAACGCUCUCUUCGCUUGUAACGUCCACCAAUCUGUGUUUGAAGGCGAGGACAGCAAGGAGAAGUUUGAGGGCUUGUUCCGUGCCUAUGAUGACUGUGUGACGUUCCAGUUGUUUAAAAGCUUCAGACGUGUGCGGAUAAAUUUCAGCAGUCCUAAAUCAGCUGCUCGGGCCAGGAUAGAGCUGCAUGAAACACAGUUCAGAGGGAAGAAGUUAAAACUAUACUUCGCACAGGUUCAGACCUCCGAGACAGAUGGGGACAAGCUUCAUUUGGCUCCACCACAGCCCGCAAAACAGUUUCUCAUCUCGCCUCCAGCCUCCCCUCCCGUAGGGUGGCAGCCAAUAGAUGAUGGAACACCAGUCAUCAACUAUGACCUCCUUUAUGCAGUUUCUAAACUAGGACCAGUGGAAAGAAACCUUUGGGGAAGAAUUUGAGCAUAAAAGAAUGUGGCAUCUGAGCUGGGAUUAUUACCUUUUAAGAGGACAGUGAAUGUGAGUUACUGUACGUGGUGUGAUAAGAAAUGGCCCAGCUUUGUGUGUGCACUGCACCACAGAGCUCUUUGCAGCUGACAGUGACCAAUGUGCCCCUCAGUGCUGGUUGGCAGCAUUGACGUCAGCCCAUAGCUGAGAAAUUAGCUGCAGCCUGCAGGGAAAAUAGGCAAAGCAAAACCAUAUAAUUUCUCCAUACAGCAUGACCAAGCUGUUUCUCUUUUUACAUUUUAGCGUCUCAACAAGCCCCAUAGUGCUUUACUCAAUCUGGAUCCAGGAAAAAGGUUUCCAAAAAUAGAGACGUUUAAUGUCAGCAUUAAUGGGAUCACAGCAAUAAAAUAUCUCUUCCAGCAAGAAGGCUAAUUUACAGGAGCUAUUCACUGUCUUGAUUGUAAAGUUGCCUCCCAUCUCCAGAUAAAAAUGCACCCUGUCCUCUAAUCCCAGGCCUAUAAACCUCACUGGGAUGAACAGCAAACCAGCACGAACACCAUGCUUUCCUUGUAGCAGGUGCAGAGUUACCUGGAGUGAUAGGGGCCCUGCAACCUUUUAUUCAAAAAGGUGUGUGUAAUAAAGAAUCCUGUGAAUGAAGAUUUUUGGGAUCAGGCUCAGUAAUUUAUAAAACCUGGCAAGGGACCAUCUUUUGGUUCUGUUUAUAUAGCCCCUAGUACAAUGACGUCUUGGUUCAUGACUAGGACUACUAGGCACAAUACAAACAAGUAGUAAUAAUCAUUUAGUCUAUAGCAAAUAGGAUUUGGGGGUUCCAUCUUACCUAGCUAUAUGGUGCCUUGCUCUGCUCCUAGAGGAUUUACAAUAAAUUUGCAUUGGCCGCUCUUAACUCAAAGCAGUCAUAUAAAGCAUAGUUUGUCAAAGACACAGUAGUGUUUGCCAGUAGCUGAUCAUGGUGUUCGUCAGAGUCUUAAUAAGCCAAUUUGUCAAACUUAAAUAAAGUGCACUGGUGCUUGCAGGCAUAAAAGAUGGAAAUGACCUAUUCCAAUAGGUCAUCUAGUCUGCCCCUGUGAGGCCAGGAUUGUUCCCUACAACACAUUUUCUAGUGCUUUCUCCAGUUGAGUUUCAACUGCCAAGCCAUGAGACUAACCCCAGCUUCCUAGGGGAGACCUGGCCAGUGUCUCUCAGAUCUCACCGUUGGAAAUGUUUCCUCUUCUUCUUCUUAAAUUUACUUUUUCUUAAUUCCAUCCCAUUAUUCUUAGCUACAGCCCCAUGUACCACACUGAACAGAGGCAGCGUUGUUCAGGAGAUGGUGCACAGGACUUGGAGCUAGGAAUUACUGAGUUCUGACCCUAGCUCUUAUUCUGGGGCUGUGGGCAAGUCAUUUCAUUUCCUUUCCCCAUUUCCACCUCCACAACACUGACCUCCUUCACCGGGGAACUUGGAGGGUUAAGUAAUGAAUGUGCACAGAGCACUUAGAAAAUCCAGAGUGCUGCAUAAGUGUCUAACCCAUUGCUGAGUGUGGGACAGGUCCCGCUCCAUGCCCGAUCUGCAGAGGAUAUGUGUGUGUUACAGCAACUGCUAAAGAGCACUGGCUCAGGCUAGAGCUGCUCAUGCUUUUAGCUCUACAGGGCUCUGGUUCAAUCCCCUACGUGUCCGCCAAAAUGACAACUGUCAUAAGUGCUAAGUAGAUGCUGUGCCUACAUUCAAUGGUGAAGGGUAUUUAGAGAUGUUUAUAGCUGGAACUGUUAUCAGUGAUAAACAAAUCCUCUCCCGCACAGCCUACCGCUACAGUAGCUAGAGAAAUUAGAGAUGGGACCAAGCUGCAGUGUGAGUACCUGGAUCUGAAUGAUCCCAGAGUCGAAGGAAGUUUGGGCCUGGGGUGCUGAGGUUUGGCCCAUUUUAGAUACAAGGGGCAGCCAUGAAGUUUGAGUCCAGCACGGAACUCCCUGUUGAUAGAGGGUUUAGGAGGUGUGGUUCUGAGCUGGGCCCAUCUC